GAGGCAUGAUUUCCUAUAAAUGAAAGGUAUGGAGUUGAACUUUGGAAUGAUUUUGUGAACGAAAAUGACUGAAGGCCUGAGAGAGGUCUGAGAGGCUAUGCAUUGUCCAUGGGGGAUUGCAGUCUGGUGUUGUACCUGGCAGGGUUUUAGGUUAGAGAUGCCGUGAAAAGAGCAGAGCUGGUGCAGGGAGCACUAAAGUAGGACGCAUGCCUUCAGAUCCGUUCACAGUCUCUGCAGGCUUCUUCCACUGGGACUUAAAGCCUGAGAACCUCCUCUGCAUGGGACCAGAACUUAUGAAGAUUGCAGACUUUGGGUUGGCCCAAGAAAUCCAAUCAAGACCUCCAUACACAGACUAUGUAUCUACUAGAUGGUAUAGGGCUCCAGAAGUGCUCCUGAGAUCCACCAACUACAGUUCCCCCAUUGAUGUCUGGGCUGUGGGCUGCAUCAUGGCAGAGGUGUACACCCUCCAGCCGCUCUUCCCUGGGGCCAGUGAAAUUGACACAAUUUUCAAAAUUUGCCAAGUGUUGGGAACACCAAAAAAGACUGACUGGCCUGAAGGCUACCAUCUAUCAAGUGCUAUGAACUUCCUUUGGCCCCAGUGCAUUCCUAAUAACUUAAAGACCUUGAUUCCAGAUCCUAGCAGUGAAGCAAUUCAGCUCCUGAGAGACAUGCUUCAGUGGGAUCCCAAGAAACGACCAACGGCUAGUCAGGAACUUCGGUACCCUUACUUCCAGGUUGGACACCCACUGGGCAGUACCACACAGAACCUUCAGGAUUCAGGAAAGCCAGAGAAAGACGUCCUGAGAAAGGCAGGCCCACCUCCUCAUACCAAGCCAGCCCCUCCUGCCCAGCCCCCAACCAAGAUACUUACACUGGUAUCUUCAUGACCACAUCAAAGCAGUCAGUCUCCUCCACAUCUUGUGUACCCCUAUAAAGCUGAAGCUUCCAAGGCAGAUCAGCUGACCCAUCUUCAGGAGGACAAGCCAAGCCCACUCUUCCCAUCCCUCCACAACAGGAAUCCUCAGCCCAAAAUCCUAGCUGGCCCGGAACACAAAAAUCGUGAGACCAAGCCAAAGAGUAGGAGAAGGUGGGGUCUAAUUUCCUGGUCAAUGAGGGGGUCUGAUGAUUGGGCUGAUUUAGAUGACUUGGACUUCAGUCCAGCCCUGACCAGGAUAGAUGUGAAAACCAAGAAGAGACAGAGCGAUGACACUCUCCUCAGGCAAGUGCACUGCUUGUGCCUGCAGCAGACUGAAUCUGGGUGCAGGUCCUCUGCACCUAUCUGGGCGUUCCACACCUCUGUCCUGAAAUUCUCUUGA